UUACAAGGAAGAUGUCGUUAUCGCAUAAGUCGGAAGAAGAGCACAAAUCGCCCAGCGAUGAAGCCCUGGAGGAAGUAAACCAACACGUUAGAGAGGCUUUUAAUAUUCUGAAGCGAGAGACGAAUAAAGUUCGCAAAGAGAAGGAGGCUUUUGACGAGGUGGCGAAGAAACUUGAGCACAUCCACUUCUCAAAGAUGCUGAAACUUAAUGUCGGCGGCCACCGUUUCGAUACCAGUUUGGAGACUAUGAACAAAGAUCCAGGGUCGAUGCUGCACGCCAUGUUUUCUGGAAGAUUUGACACAAAACCUGGCGAGGAUGGAUCUUACUUUAUCGAUCGAGAUGGAACACACUUCCGACAUAUCUUGAAUUAUCUUCGCACUGGAAAACUUAUGCUACCGGAUGACAAAAUUGUGCGUAACGAAUUACUAACCGAAGCCGAGUUUUACCAGAUCGAAGGAAUAAUUGAAGAUUUGAGAGCAAGGCCGUUCAACGCUUCUACGAUCCUUUCAUCAGAGCAACGACAACAACUGAUCGACUUACUGAAGGAAACCAUCGAAAGUGCAAGUGAUGACUACGUUUUGUUAUACCGCGCUUCCCAGAAUGGUUGGACAGCUGCCAACUUUCACUCUUGCUGUGACGGCAAAGGACCCACAGUUACAGUAAUCAAGAGUGGGAACUACGUGUUUGGAGGAUACACUGAAGAAAAAUGGGAUCAACCUGCUGGAGGAGCCAAUUACAAAAAAGCUCCUGAGUCUUUCCUGUUCAGCCUUGUCAACCCAAACAGUUUACCCCCUUCAAAGCUACCACUGAUAACUGGAAAAGAGGAGAAGGCAAUCCACUGUCACAAUGGGUAUGGGCCCACAUUUGGAAGUGGCCAUGACCUUCGUAUUGUCAGUGCUCCAAAUUCUAACAACUGCAGUGUCAGCCUGAAUAACUCGUACCAGUGUCCUACCGGUCAGAAUGCUGCAACAUUUCUUCAAGGGAACCAGAAUUUCACCAUUAGUGAAAUGGAAGUUUUUGGCUUUGAGAAGCAGUGAAAAUGCUUUGAUAUAAUUCUGCAAUUGGGGCGAUCGGUACUGCUUUCCAGAAAAUUGUGUCUUUUUCAUGUUUUUCUUAUAAUUACAUUGAUAAAAUGG